AUGGCAACCUCACUUCUGAAAAGCACACCCAACGUGAUCCACAGACGCCAAAAUCAUUUCGCAUUCUUCUCCAAUAGCUCAAGUGCAAGAAACAGUGUCCCCGUUUCGCAACAGAGGAGAUCGCGUUCGUUCCCUGUAGUGUCAAUGUCAGCCACGCCGGUUCAAACAUCUCUCGUAAAGUCUGCACCUUCAUCCACAAAUACGGGUCUUCCAAUAAUGGUUAAUGCGUGUACUGGAAAAAUGGGAAAGGCUGUGAUUAAUGCGGCAGAAGCUGCUGGACUGCAUGUUGUUCCUGUGUCGUUUGGGUGUGAAGAGGAGUCUGGAAGGACUUUUGAUAUAGGUGGAAAGGAGUUUCUUGUGCAUGGUCCUUCUGAUAGGGAGAAUGUUCUUGCAUCUGCCCUUGAAAAAUAUCCAAAUUUGAUUGUUGUGGACUACACAAUACCAAAUGCGGUUAAUGGAAAUGCUGAGUUAUACUGUAAGGUUGGGGUGCCCUUCGUGAUGGGAACCACUGGUGGAGAUAGGGACUUGUUGCAUAAGACUGUUGAAGACACAAAGAAUUAUGCUGUGAUAUCCCCACAAAUGGGAAAACAGGUUGUUGCUUUUCUUGCAGCUAUGGAAAUUAUGGCAGAACAAUUUCCUGGAGCCUUCUCAGGGUAUUCCUUACAGGUACUGGAGUCCCAUCAAGCAAGCAAAGUUGAUGCAUCUGGAACUGCCAAGGCUGUAAUUUCUUGCUUCAACAAACUGGGGGUGUCUUUUGAUAUGGAUCAGAUAAAAUUGAUCAGGGAUCCCAGGCAACAACUUGAAAUGGUUGGAGUCCCAGAGGAGCAUUUGUCUGGUCAUGCAUUUCAUAUGUAUCAUUUGACAUCACCGGAUGACACGGUUACAUUUGAAUUUCAACAUAAUGUUUGUGGUAGAUCAAUAUAUGCAGAAGGCACUGUUGACGCUGUGUUGUUUCUUGCUAAGAAGAUUGAAGCAAAGGACCAGAAGAGAUUGUAUAAUAUGAUUGAUGUCUUGCGAGAGGGUAAUAUGCGAUGA